AUGGCACUGACUACAGAUACAUUUUUUGAACGAAUUGGGAGUUUUGGUCGCUUUCAGAUUGCGCUCAAUUUGUUUUUCAAUCUGUGUUACCUUUUUUGGUGGGCUGUGCCAGUGAUGAUCAUGGUGUUUAUAGCUUCAGAACCCAACUGGAAAUGCGUAAACAACUCCACUUGCCCAUUCACAGACAGCAUUAGUAUCAGAGACGAGAGAUACAAACACAGAUGUAACAUUUCAAGGAGAGACUGGAGAUUCGAGGAUGACUUCACAUCAGUUGUCACUGAGGUUUGCACUAAACCUGAUCAAAUUCCUUUUGUGAACUAUACAUUUGAGUUGCAGAUGGGAUUGUAUAUGGAGAUCACAUGGAGAUUAUGAAACGACAUAAUUGCUGCCAAACAAAGACUUACUAAUUCGGGAAUUCGAAAAUUGCUGUUCUUGCUAUGGCUAAAUUCAGGAACAAAAUUAAGAAAUUGCCGAUUAAGGCAUGAGACCGAAUUUCGAAUAUUAGGCAUAAGCGCCUACAUUUCAAAUCACACUCGUAAAAGGGUAGGAGAGUUAUUUUUAUUUCCGGUCUCUUGCUACCUAUGCCCAGGGAGGGUCGGUCAAGAUACGGACUCUCGCCAGUCGGAAAAUGGCAAGGAGAGAUAAAUGAACCGGCUAUGUAUACGGCAAAAUUCAAGCAUAAUUCUGUAUCUUAUGAAAACCCCAUAAACCCUAUGACAAUAUAUUUAACCUAUAGAUUCCAAGUUGCCGUGCGUCUGUUCAGUAAUAGAUCACAGAUGACGUUGUUCUUACUACAUUUUGACGUCAUCUGUGAUCUAUUACUGAACAGACGCACGGCAACUUGGAAUCUAUUUGUUUUAUAUAAUAAAGAAUUUAAAAAAGUUUUAAGAAUGACGUCAUCUAUACGUCUGUCCUCCAAUAGAUCAUAGGUGAGAACCAAUCAGAAUGCGUACAUAACUGAGCUUAUUAUAUAAUUUACAUUGCAAAAUACCCUCUGACAUUAGGUAUGCAGUAAAUAUGUGAAAAUCAUAUAUGCGAAACAUAUAUGUGAACCUCUGUCACUCCUGUUACUCCGUUUAAAGUUGUAAGCCUUCCGCUGAUAAGCUGUAAGGUCUAGACAAAGCAGUCAUAUCUGAUGAGAUGGCAAUUCACUUAUCUAAUUUUUUUUCAAAAUCACAGUUCGACCUUGUUUGUGAACGCGGCUCCUGGGGAUUGGUAUCAACCUCUGUGAUCUUCGCAGGUUUCUUUGUUGGCAGUAUUGUCAUAGGUAUUUUGUCAGACAAGUUUGGAAGGAAGCGGCCCCUCUUCAUCUGUGGCUUUUUCUGCUGGCUGUUCAAUUUUGUUUCCGCAUUUGCUCCAACGUUUUGGUUUUUUGCCCUUUGCCGUAGCAUAGUUGGCUUCAUGCUGGGUACGUUGCAUUUACUUCUAGUAGCUUGCCAUUGUAAGUGUGACAGUCGAGCCCAUGAAGUUAUUCCUGGGGAGGGAGAUUUACCUGCCUGAAUGAUAUGGAAGAGUUGGGAAUCAUUUAAAAAUGUUUAGCUGCUUCUGGUUAUGUUCUUAGUGAGGUUAUUAGAGGGUGUAACAUGCUGUUCGUGUAGGGAAUACCAGGGGGUAAUUCGUUUAACAAAAAUAUACAUAAAAGGCGAAGAGGGUUAGUCCUCAGCACGAAGAUAUUUCGUUUGGACGCACUUCUGCAUGAAUACUCAAACCCCAUGCUCCAAAAACGAAGAGGUUAAACCUCCACUUCCCCCUCCGAAAAAUUUAAAAAAAUACUUACAAGUCACUACGGAAGGCCGUUGGAAAUUAAGUGAACAGCUUUCUCCAUUUUAGUUUUAUUUUUUAACAUACAGGUGGGUACAGCAUCCCUGUGUUUGUGUUGGCAAUGGAGUUUUCUGGGAUUCGUCACAGAGGUGCCGCAGGAGCACUCGUUUGGACUGGUAUUGCUGUGGGAAGUCAGGUGUUAGCCGGAUGUGCUUACGCCAUCAGAGAUUGGAGGCUUCUGACUAUCGUCACAGGAACUCCUGGGUGUAUACUUGUAGUUGGCUGGUUGUGAGUAGCUCUUUUCAUUUUCAGUGCGUUGAUGAGUAGCAAAGGCCCCUUCACAAUAACAUAUUCUUCUUAAGUAAUCUCUUUAUCAGUGUAAGAGGUCAGCCAGCUCUCACCCUGCGCACUCAUUGCAUAGUACAAUACAAUACAAUAUUCUUUAUUUAACGAAGGUAACGUAGUUAACCCAAUGAGGUAUCUAACUUACGGCCUUAUUAGUUUAACUCAUUCAUCUUUAGACUACGAUGCAUACAUAGGUGUUCUUUGAGUAAUAUGGAAAUUACUAAAAUAUCUCGCAGAUUAAAGCUCAAAUCUAUUUCCUCUUACUGAAAUUUUCUGGUAUCUCGGACUGUUUUAGUAAUCUACUCAUUUAUUGAGUAAUAUGGAAAUUACUAAAAUAUCUCGCAGAUUAAAGCUCAAAUCUAUUUCCUCUUACUGAAACUUUCUGGUAUCUCCGACUGUUUUAGUUAUCUAUUCAUUUAUUUCUAGCUCUUGAGGUGUUCAAUGUGUUGGUCUCGAUCAUAAUCUGCCUUUUCUAAUAGAUUGCAGCGAUUGUAUAGUUAUCUGUUUUUUUCACUCAUUCCAUGUUCUUUAGUUUUACUCCAGAGUCCAUCCGUUGGCUCCUCAAGAAAGGUCGUGUGACGGAAGCGAGGGACAUAUUAAGUAAAGUUGCUAAGGUGAAUGGUAAAUGCAUGCCAGAAGAAGCAUUACAUUUGCCCAAUGAUGAGAAGAUUGAAAGACUUGGUGACUUCCCUGAUUUGUUUAUGUCAGCUGGAAUGGUUCACAGGACACUUGCGUCUUGGCUCAUGUGGUAAGUUUUCUUCCUUAUUUUUUUGCCCUCUGGAAUCAAUGUAAAAAGUAGUUCUGAGGUCAAAAACAUCAAAUAAACUCUGAUAAGCUGUGUAACUUAGUAUUAUCAACAAAAUUGAUAACAUAAACUGGCCACCGUAAAGAGUUUAAAAGCUGACGUUUCGAGCGCUAGCCCUUAUUCAGAAUGGAUCGCUCUCACGAAGGGCUAACGCUCAAAACGUCAGCUUUUAAACUGUUUACGGUGGCCAAUUUACGUUAUCAACUCAGUUGAUAAUACUAAACUACCCUGUUAUUUUCUCGUACAGACGUAGCACCACAGUUUCUUUAGAAACUUACCUCUUUCUUCAGCUGAUAAGCUGUGCCUUGCCACAGGCCACAGCUGUACAUCAUUGCCUAUAUCUUUCAUGAUACACAUGUUUUAUCAACCCUCCCUUAUUUUGCUUCGUUCAUCCUUACUUACCUAGCUUGCCACCAGUCUCCUAUAGCAAGAGAGUAUAAGCUGUUGCUAAGUGGUAGAGCGCCCGAAGUGCAGUAAUCGGAGAUGGUACGAUAAGCUGCUAUUGGGACCAUUUGGGCGGAGUUCCCUUUCUCCGUGUAUGCCUCAGUCAUUCUCUGGAUAACAUCAUCUUUCAUAACAUUUAUCUCCCCGCUAAAGCUUUUAUAAUAGAUGUAAGCAUCUUUUAUUUCUCAAAGUAAAUAAUCUUUUAAACUCAGCUUAAGAAUUAUUUCUUUAAAUUUAUUCUUGUACAGUGACUUUGCACGAACUUGAAUUAUGUAAAAAUGAGAAGAUGUGAACCGUCUUCAUAACUGCUUAUUUUCUUUGUUUCCUCUGAAUCAGGUUUGCAGUAUCUUUUAUUUACUGGGCGACAGCUUUCAGCGCGCCGUUUAUUGGGGGUAAUGUCUACAUCAAUGUAGUCGUUGCUGCUGUUGCUGGUUUAAUCGCAUACCCUCUAUCUGCUGUUUUGGCGGUCAGGUAGUAAAAUCUAAAAUGAAAUAAGCUAUAUCACAAAAUGAUUAUUCCAUCUUUGAAUCAAUCCAUCAUUAAAUUAGAUAAUUUAGUUUUAUCAAAUGAGUUGAAUAUGUAAUUUGCAAUUUGCCAUCGUCGUGUUAGCGUUUCAUUCCCUUUGACGAAGGGCUAACGCUCGAAGCGUCAGACUCACUGAGAAACUCUCUUUAAUGGUCAAAUUGCAUCAUAAACUUCUAUAGAAACUUACCCUCUUCAUCAUCAUCAAAUCAGUAACUCAAUCAAUUUAUCAAUCAACAGCAAACAGUCAUUAAGUGGAUGAAUCCAUAUUUACUGGUCAAUUAAUCGAUAGUUGUAUCACCUGACAACUAUAUGCUUUUUUUUUAAAUUUAGCUUUCAAAUGCUCUUAACGUUUUUAUUACGAAUUUGAACAUGAUCAUGAUCAUGAUCGGAUUCUUAUCUUACCGUGUUGCCGUUCAUUUCCCAUCCUUAUGUCUAGAUUUCGUCGAAAGGUUAUCAUUGUGGUAUCGUUUAUUCUGUCGGCUGUGGGAGCAAUUGGGGCACUUCUUUUAUCAGAUGAUGAUGACGACAAAGGUAAAAUGAACCUUACUAAUUGAUGGGUUUUCCAAAAUUCAACAAAAAUGUAAUGAAAAUAAAAUUUUAGAGACUUAUUAUGUAGAUAGCUUGUGUUGAAAUAUUCUCAGAGUUUUCCUUCUGAUUAUAAAUUGGGGUCUUAUCCACAGACAUGAUAUGUGCAUCGUAAAAACCAUGUCGGGGUAAAAAUUCCACCUUUUACCAUUUUAUAACAGGAUUACGUACUGCGAAGGGCCAGGAGAAUACAGCGGUCAAACGUCUACGCAUAUGCAAACUUCGUGAUAGCUAAGAGGCGUACUUUUAUGCUGUCAGAAACAAGCUGUCUCACAAACAAGCUAGGGAGCAAUGGCCUUUUAAAAGAAUCUAACUCAUUGGAUGAAGCCAAAAAUCAAAUCGUAAAUCAACAAGAUGCCUGUCAAUACGGAUAAGCUUUGCGUUUUUGAAAAGUCUCGACCUUUUUCCUUUCCCUACUUUCUAUCCUUCAGCAGAUAACCAUUAACGUUACAGUUUUUUGGAUAUUUUGCAAGAGAGCGGCUGUUUCUUUUGUUACCUUUGAAAUUUUGCGCGGGAAAUCAGCGCGAGCCGACCAAAAUUGAUCCCCGUGCGCAUGCCAGACGCUCGUGCUCCUGGCUCCCUUAAGAGGAUCGCAGACCUGGAUUGGAAAAACGGCUAAAAUCAAGUCUACUGAGAGCUAGGCAAGGGUUGGUUCGACUAUCUGUCAAUACUUCUGCAUAGUUCCACUGAUGAUCAUUUGUAUCAUAACUGAGUAUAGCGGCAUAAAGAACGAUACUCUCUCUCAGAUAAGAGUUAACGCUUGAAUUUUGCUACCAGGUUAUCUGAUUGGAAAAAUCUUCAUGUCCAUGGUUGUUGCUCGGCUUGCUGUUUCCAUCGCAUUCACACUGAUCUACAUUUUCACUGCAGAGAUGUUUCCGACAACUUUGAGGUAAUUAAGUGGCCCAGCACUGCUGAAAGGAUUUUAUAAGGUGAUCCGCAGCAAAUUCUGUCACCAUAAGGAAAAACAAACUCUCUUUUUCCUUUCAUUUAUAAUAUCAUUUUAUUUCGACACGAAUUCGAUCAAUUUAUUUAAUUUCUCUUUUAUUUUGCGGUUUUAGAAGUGUAGAAGACAAAGUAGCUGUUUCUUUUCAUUUCACAGAUGCUAUUUGCGUAUUGACUGACUAUUCUUUAUUAUUGUAGAAACUUCUUAUGUGUUCGCGCAGAGCCCCGUAAAAAGGCAACACUUAAGUGAGGCUAUACUUACAUCGAAGUGCCCUAUGCUCAUCUUGUUUUUUCUUUUUCGAUGAUCUGGUAAAGGAAUGUUGCCAUGGGUACAUCAACGGCUGCUGCACGUGUAAGCGCUUCAUUGUCAGCCAUCGCUCCGCUUUUGGUAAGUGUGCAGCAUACUUACAUCUCCUAAAGGUAAUCCCCUUACUUUAGUUGGGAAGUGAUAUCCACUGAGUACAACCUUUGCUACUACUUGAAUUGCAAAUAGCGUCUCAAAGUACAAUGCAGCAUGUCUGAACAGGGUAUACGUAGCUGAAUAAACACAUUUUGCUAAGAACAGCAAAAAAUCACCAGCAAGGCACCAGCGACAAUUUAUCCACCCCUAACACCUAUCUCAGUCCAUGCGUUUAGAAUUUUUAGCUGUUACGAUGGAUUUCGUUGUAUUCCUUCCAUGAAACUAAUCACAAUAUCUGUAUCCCUUGAUACUUGUGGUAACGAGGGUGACAAUGAGAGGAAAUCUCAACUUUGAAAGGAGAGAGGUGUAAUUUAACAAACGGGGAUGUUUGUCGUCUGUUCUAAAACCUCAACCUCCUUUAUUCAACAGCUAACCGUCCACAGGUUUCUUCCAUUUGGAAUAAUGGCUGGUUUGGCUUUAGCAGCUGCUUUUGUGUGCCUCACUCUAGUAGAGACUCACAACCAACCAACUGCAGAAAAUCUGUUACAGAACGAAGUAUGCCAACCGAAGAAUGAAAAGCCUGGUGACAAGGAACUCGUUGCCAAAGUCUAAUCGAAGACCCAAGAAAAUAAGUCAAAACUGUAUUGAAAUCAGACCACUUUGUUCUUUAGAGAUUGUUCUGUUCUUUCAGCUAAACUCGGUUUCAUGGCAAGAGCUCACUAACCCUAGCUGGUGAGGCUUCAUUACUUAAAGAGAAGGUUAACUUAGGGGUUUUUAACCGAAUUAACAGAGUGGUGUGUUAACAAAGGCAAUUUAUAAUCAUUACUCGUGGGGAUUGAUAGUUAGUCUUGGCCCAGUGAGUUAAGUCAGUCGACCCAUCGUCUCUGCCUUUAGUUGUCUCACUGAACUUAUUUCCGGCAAUUUAGACAAAAUUAUGGCUCCUAUCAUCAAAACGUCAUACAUUAAAGACAGCCAACUUGCACUUGAAAUUUUUCGCGACUUUUUUUUCCUUGGCCAGGACAAACUUCUUUUCACUUGAUAAUAUAAAUUUAUUCUGUUGUCUCACGGCAAAGUCACUAGAUGUAGAUCGCCACGUUUCGACUGCUUACUGCAAGUCUUCUUCAGGCGAUGGGGUCGACUGGUUCCGGCACAGCAUCAUGUAUCAUGGUGGUCUGCUGCGAGUUCACUUCUCUGACUUUUCUAGACACAAAAUUUCAAUUGAAGGCGAAGGUCUUUGCGCCAGUGUUAACUACAAACCUGGCCACCGAUUCACAUAGUUACCUGUUGUAUUCAUCUUUGCAUCCAUCACCUUCUCCGUAGUUUCUCAGACUUGUUUAUGCAGUGACGACUCUGAUUUUUUCCCAAAAUCAGAGGCAAUGUGCCAGUUUUUCGAUGAACGUAGCUAUCCUGUUUCUUUCGUUCAAGCUGUCCACCCUGAACCACGCCCAACAAAUUGAUCGACAGAAAACACUACAAACGGUACAGAAGGACACAUUUCAAUUACUUCGAAACAAUUCAGAGACUGGUACUAUCUUUUCGCAACGUCGGCUGAUUUCAUUCAAACGCGAUUAAAAAAGAUAUGCAACUUUUUGGUCGGAAGUUCAUUUCAAACUAAUGACCAAACUGGAACUUUCACAUGCGC